AUGGCGCCUGCUCGACCAAGGGAGCCUGUGUACCGCUCCCCCCACGGGCGCACUCAUCCGUUUCUCCGCGCGCGCGGUCAUUCCUUCCGUCGCCGCCGCCCCCCUCGCCCGCCGCUGUCCAGCCAGGCUCGUCAUCGACCCCAGCUUCAAGCUCCUGCCGCCCAGUCCCACCCGUUGCAACUCCCUCCACCUCAGUCGCAGUCCGCGUCAUCUCAACUGGGUGCGCCGGCUGCGCAGGCGCAGUCUGCGCCGCCUGUCCCUCCGUCGCGGCCCCCUCCUCCUGCUCCGGAUCCGGCGUUGCCUCCGCGGACGCGUCCUUCUGACCCUGUCGCUCCGUCCUCUCAGGCCGAUCACGCUCCUCCGUUAGGCGAACUGGCGCAUCCCCCGUCGUCGGCACCAGGGCCAGGCCCGGCGCCGCCUCCCCCUCAGCCGUCUCGUCCACCUCAUGCGCCGCCCUCGUCGGCGCCGACCCAUGCUGGGCCAUAUGCUUAUACGUACCCGCCUCGGCUGGAUGUGGCGGACUCCGCUCCUCCUGGCCCUCGGGGGCUCCCUUUUCCUGUUCCCCGCCUAUUGCGGGCCUCGGCGCCAGCACCCCCUCGUGCCGGGGUCUCGUCCCCCUGCAGCUCGGUUCGGAUUUGUGAGUUCCCCCCGUUGUUGUCUUCUCCCCGCUCGCCGCGUGAUGUCCUUCCCUGCCCCUCACUCUUCUGCUGUGUCGUUUCCCCCGUUUCCCGCCGUCUUGCACUCCCUCCGGUCUCGCAGCAUCAGCCUGUGCCUGGCCUCGCCCGCGGCUACUGGAGCGAAGACGAGGUGCCUGGCACCCCUCGUGACCCUGGGAUGGAUUGGGAUGGUGGCUUUUCGUGGCCCCAGGCGCCGGGCGAAGGGAACUGGAACUGGAACACUCCCCCCCCGAGCCCUCCUUGGAGGGAGCCACAGUCUGGAGGCGGGAUGCGCAUUCAGGAGGUUGGCCGUUGCGUGACUGAGCUCUCGUUCGUGCUUGACCUCCUGCAUGACGCCCUUCAGUCUCGGGAGCUGGUAGCGAGGGACCCGCAGAUGAAUGAAGACCAGCAGGGUCAGGUGCGGCGGGCAGUGUCGCGCGCGCUGUGGGAUGUCCUUCAUCUGCCGCUUGAGCCCGAGGACCCGGCGCUGGACGAUGGACCUGGCGCUGCGGCUUUCCGCAUGGUAGCCACGGCUGCUGAGGAGCACCCGCUUGGGAUCGGUGGUGCACCUGCUGCUGCUGCUGCUGCUGCUGCUGCUGCUGCCGCUCCUGCUGCUGUUGCUGCUGCUUGUGCUGCAGCAAUAGACCAGCACUGCUGCUGCUGCCCCAACAACAUCCCGCGAGGCCCAAACUGCACACACGCGGAAGGGCGCGUGGAAGGGCGUGUGGUGUGGCAUGCGGAAGGGCGUGCGGCGAGGUGUGUGGGCCAUGUGGAGGGGUUUGGGGAGGGGUAUGCGGAGGGGUAUGCAGAGGGACGUGCAGAAGGGCAUUCAGAGGGUCAUGCAGAGGGGCCUGCUGAGGGGUGUGGUGGGGGGCGUGCUCAGAAGCAUGCAGAUGGGGAUGCAGAGGGGCAUGUGGAUGGGCGUGUGGAUCAGGGUGUGAUGCGGCAUGUGAAGUGGCGUGUGAAUGUGAAGGGGAAUGUGAAGGGGUAUUUGAAGGGGCAUGGGAAGUGGCAUGUGAAGCAGCAUGUGAGUGGGCAUGUGAGCAGGCAUGUGAAGGGGAAUAUGAAGCAGCGUGUGAAGGGACAUGUGAAGGGGGAUGAGAGGGGGAAUGUGAAAGGGCAUGUAAAGGAGCAUAUGAAGGGGCAUGUGAAGGGGCAGGGGCAUGUGGAGGGUCAUGUGAAGGGGCAUGUGAAGGGGCAUGUGAAGGGAGAUGUGAAGGGGCAUGUGAAGGGGGAUGUGAAGCAUCUUCCUCCUGAGUAG